AUGCUUCCGUCAAGGUUCGCACCCCCAGGGCAACAAAGUGCUAUGAGGAAAUCAAGGUUGGAAACUCAAAGACCCUCAAUGUUACCGAAGCCGCGUCGCCCUGGAUCAACCGACCGUUUGUCGAGUGAGGCUCGAAGGCCUAGCGCCUCUGGCCAUAGAUCCAGUAGCGCUGAGCCGGCCCGCGGUACAUUUGGAGUUGGGAGGUUGAGUAGAGAAGCUUCUGCAACUAAAGUCCCAAUGAACGGCAGAUCAAGAUCCCAACAGAGCGAGAAGUUUGGACAGUCGUCUAUGACACCUCUUCGGUCCAGCCACUUCUCUAGACCCACCACAACACCUGUGAGAUCUCCAUCAGUUGAUCGUGGUAUUCGCAGUUGGGCGACAUCUCUGGAGAGAGUAUUAGCCUUUGUUACUGUAAAGGAUCAGAGACCUAUCUCGUCAGUGGCUUGGCAGCGUGCAGAGUGUGCUCGUGUGGGCGAGGCCUUGGCGAGCCGCGGCGAGGGAGGAGGCAUGGCCCUUAUUCGUCCCCUCACUAUCGCACGCUUCGUGGACAUCACUGCAGCACUUCUCACUGCCAUCACCAGGGAUGCUAAGCUGAACACUGAUAACUAUGUCACCAAGCUACCUCACCUCUCCAAGCGCCUGUUAUACCCUGGUACAGUCUCCAAGUCUUGGUUGAAGACAGUGAACACAUUACAUGCAUUUCCACAUGCACUCGCUCUCAUCGCCUAUCUGCUGGAUUUAGUCACCCAUAUUGAAAUGCCCGUAUCUGAUGAAUGGUUAUAUGUAGGCAAGGAUGAGUUAUCGCGCCUUCGCCGAGAUUAUUUAUACAAGUGCUGGAUUAGAUUCCAAGAUCCUGGCCAUCAAUUUGGAGACUUGAACGAGGAGUACCUACAAAACUUAACCGUGUUGCUGGGCAACGAUGAGGAAAAGAUUGUAGAACUCACACAGGUUAUAAAGAAAUACGAGGCGCGGCUCAACGACGAGGAGGAGGUGGCGGCGCGCGAGGCAGAGGCGCGGCGCGGCUCGAGGCGGGACGCUCUCCUCGCCUCGCUGCGCGGCGUGCGAGCCGCUCGCCUCGACACGCGCGCCGACAUCGACCUGCAGGCCUCGCGCCACAGGGACCUGGCCGACGCCAGCAAGCAGGCCGAUGUGGAGGUGGAACGCGCCAGUGUUGACAUACAGCAGCUCAAAGUAGAAUUAGAGUCACAACCGAUGACUGUGGAACAACGCACUAAGCUGUUAGGCGAAAUUGAAUAUGCAGUUCGUGUUCAGGAAUCUAAAAGGAAUCUUGCAGAGCAAAUCUCUAAGAUGGUGGUCAACAGAGAGACAGAGUUGGCGGAAUGGCAGAAGAAGACUCUGGACAGCUGCGUCCAGUACAAGCAGGGACUCAUACAUCUGUCUGCACAGUUUCCGGACCUCGUUUCCUUGGCUAUCGACGAGAAGGAGCUGAUGAGCGCGGAGUGCGCGGCGCGCGUGGGUGGCGCGCUCGACGCCCUGCGCGCGCGCACCGCCGCGCUCGCGCAGCUGCGCACCGACCACGCGCGCGUCAAGGCAACACUCGCCAGGAGGCGCGCCGCGCUACUGGUGAGUACACCUAUAGUACUGAGCGCGGAGUGCGCGCUCGACGCCCUGCGCGCGCGCACCGCCGCGCUCGCGCAGCUGCGCACCGACCACGCGCGCGUCAAGGCAACACUCGCCAGGAGGCGCGCCGCGCUACUGGUGAGUACACCUAUAGUACUGAGCGCGGAGUGCGCGCUCGACGCCCUGCGCGCGCGCACCGCCGCGCUCGCGCAGCUGCGCACCGACCACGCGCGCGUCAAGGCAACACUCGCCAGGAGGCGCGCCGCGCUACUGGUGAGCACACCUAUAGUACUGAGCGCGGGGGAGUGCGCGCUCGACGCCCUGCGCGCGCGCACCGCCGCGCUCGCGCAGCUGCGCACCGACCACGCGCGCGUCAAGGCAACACUCGCCAGGAGGCGCGCCGCGCUACUGGGUGAGUACACCUAUAGUACUGAGCGCGGAGUGCGCGCUCGACGCCCUGCGCGCGCGCACCGCCGCGCUCGCGCAGCUGCGCACCGAACCACGGCGCGCGUCAAGGCAACACUCGCCAGGAGGCGCGCCGCGCUACUGGUGAGUACACCUAUAGUACUGAGCGCGGAGUGCGCGCUCGACGCCCUGCGCGCGCGCACCGCCGCGCUCGCGCAGCUGCGCACCGACCACGCGCGCGUCAAGGCAACACUCGCCAGGAGGCGCGCCGCGCUACUGGUGAGUACACCUAUAGUACUGAGCGCGGAGUGCGCGCUCGACGCCCUGCGCGCGCGCGCCGCCGCGCUCGCGCAGCUGCGCACCGACCACGCGCGCGUCAAGGCAACACUCGCCAGGAGGCGCGCCGCGCUACUGGUGAGUACACCUAUAGUACUGAGCGCGGAGUGCGCGCUCGACGCCCUGCGCGCGCGCACCGCCGCGCUCGCGCAGCUGCGCACCGACCACGCGCGCGUCAAGGCAACACUCGCCAGGAGGCGCGCCGCGCUACUGGUGAGUACACCUAUAGUACUGAGCGCGGAGUGCGCGCUCGACGCCCUGCGCGCGCGCACCGCCGCGCUCGCGCAGCUGCGCACCGACCACGCGCGCGUCAAGGCAAACACUCGCCAGGAGGCGCGCCGCGCUACUGGUGAGUACACCUAUAGUACUGAGCGCGGAGUGCGCGCUCGACGCCCUGCGCGCGCGCACCGCCGCGCUCGCGCAGCUGCGCACCGACCCACGCGCGCGUCAAGGCAACACUCGCCAGGAGGCGCGCCGCGCUACUGCUGCGCACCGACCACAGCGCGCGUCAAGGCAACACUCGCCAGGAGGCGCGCCGCGCUACUGGUGAGUACACCUAUAGUACUGAGCGCGGAGUGCGCGCUCGACGCCCUGCGCGCGCGCACCGCCGCGCUCGCGCAGCUGCGCACCGACCACGCGCGCGUCAAGGCAACACUCGCCAGGAGGCGCGCCGCGCUACUGGUGAGUACACCUAUAGUACUGAGCGCGGAGUGCGCAGCUCGACGCCCCUGCGCGCGCGCACCGCCGCGCCUCGCGCAGCUGCGCACCGACCACGCGCGCGUCAAGGCAACACUCGCCAGGAGGCGCGCCGCGCUACUGGUGAGUACACCCUAUAGUACUGAGCGCGGAGUGCGCGCUCGACGCCCUGCGCGCGCGCACCGCCGCGCUCGCGCAGCUGCGCACCGACCACGGCGCGUCAAGGCAACACUCGCCAGGAGGCGCGCCGCGCUACUGGUGAGUACACCUAUAGUACUGAGCGCGGAGUGCGCGCUCGACGCCCUGCGCGCGCGCACCGCCCCGCGCUCCGCGCAGCUGCGCACCGACCACGCGCGCGUCAAGGCAACACUCGCCAGGAGGCGCGCCGCGCUACUGGUGAGUACACCUAUAGUACUGAGCGCGGAGUGCGCGCUCGACGCCCUGCGCGCGCGCACCGCCGCGCUCGCGCAGCUGCGCACCGACCACGCGCGCGUCAAGGCAACACAUCGCCAGGAGGCGCGCCGCGCUACUGGAGGCGCGCCCGCGCUACUGGUGAGUACACCUAUAGUACUGAGCGCGGAGUGCGCGCUCGACGCCCUGCGCGCGCGCACCGCCGCGCUCGCGCAGCUGCGCACCGACCACGCGCGCGUCAAGGCAACACUCGCCAGGAGGCGCGCCGCGCUACUGGUGAGUACACCUAUAGUACUGAGCGCGGAGUGCGCGCUCGACGCCCUGCGCGCGCGCACCGCCGCGCUCGCGCAGCUGCGCACCGACCACGCGCGCGUCAAGGCAACACUCGCCAGGAGGCGCGCCGCGCUACUGGAGGAAGUGCGUACGAAAAUCGCCGAAUUGAAGAACGCGGUACAACGCGAGCAGGAGGCCCUGGACAUGGAGACGAGCAAAGAUUCACUGGACGCGGCCACCGCCACGGCCGAGAUACGAGCCGUCACCGCCCGACUGCAGGAGCUCAAACUGCAACAGGACGAACAUGCAAAGGUUGACAACGAACUCAAAUUCUGGGAGCAGCAGGAUCAACUUUGGCGAACGAGGCUACAGUCCCUGCAGGAGCACAUCGAAGAGAAACGGCUCGAGAUGCAACGGCUGCUGGACACCGCAACACAGAAGCGAGUUCAACUUGUGGUCGACUCCAUACGGGAGUGGAACCAAAAACUUGAACUUUAG